GGGUGCAGCUUCCUCUCCAAAGGAGGAGUUCUCCGUUUCCCCAGUGAGACCCUCCUCUACAUUAAACCACAAACUUCUGCUGCUCUGCUCUGUGAAGGCUCUGUCGCUUCAGCUGUUUACCUCUGAAAUCUGCAAAGGAAAAGUGUGCUGAUAACAUGGGGCUGAUCCUGUCAGGAUAUCUGCCAAGGAAGGAGGACCCUGCUGCACCCCUGUCUAUUGUCACCAUCGCUCUGUGUGUUUUUACCCUGGUUCUGAUGGCCAUCAGGGUAAAACAGAACCACAGAUGUUUCUUCCCCUACCGCCAUGACUACCAGCUGGAGAAAACAAAGUUCCCUCCCCCUCCGGGCCCCAAGCCCUGGCCCAUUGUGGGCAACCUGCUCCAGAUGGGUGACCAGAUGCAUCUCACUCUCACUUCCCUGGGACUACAGUAUGGUGAUGUUUUCAAGAUGCGUUUUGGCUCCUUAACAGUGGUCAUCCUUUGUGGAUACAAUACUAUCAGACAGGCACUGGUUCGUCAGGGGGAAGAUUUUGCUGGAAGACCUGAACUUUUCACUUUUUCCGCCGUAGCCGAUGGGACCAGCAUGACCUUCAGUGAAAAGUAUGGACCUGCAUGGCUGCUCCAUAAGAAGCUGUGCAAAAAUGCCCUGAGAUCCUUCUCGCAAGCUGAACCGAGGGGAUCAGAGGCCACCUGCCUCCUGGAGGAGCAGGUGUGUGCUGAAGCUGCUGAGAUGGUGGCGGUGAUCCGGGAACAAGCUGCUAAGAGCCCUGAGCUGAGGGCUAUAGAUCCAGCAACGUCGUUAGUGACCUCUGUGGCAAACGUUGUGCGUGCCCUAUGUUUUGGGAGGAGGUAUGACCACAGUGACAAGGAGUUUCUCACCAUCGUCAACAUCAACAAUGAGGUUCUUAAGCUCUUUGCAGCCGGGAACCUUGCAGACUUCUUCCCAGUGUUUCGUCAUUUUCCCAGCCCUUCUCUAAGAAAAAUGGUCCAGUACAUUCAGAGAAUGAACGGAUUUAUGGAACGAAGAAUCGAGGAACACAUCAGAACCUUCGAUAAGAACUGCAUCAGGGACAUCACCGAUGCUCUGAUUGCACUUUGUGAAGACAGAGAAGAGAAUAGGGAAACAUCUCUGCUUACUGACUCUCAGAUAAUCCACACCGUCAUAGACAUUUUUGGAGCAGGUUUUGACACCAUCAUUGCUGGGUUACAGUGGAGCUUGCUGUACCUUAUCAAGUUCCCCGACAUCCAGGACAGAAUACACCUGGAGAUAGAUGAACACAUUGGUUCAGCCAGACCUCCCCGGUUUUCAGAUAAGCCCAGCAUGGCCUUUACAGAAGCCUUCAUAUACGAGGUGUUUCGUCACUCUUCCUAUGUUCCUUUCACCAUUCCUCACUGCACCACCAGGGACACCAUCCUGAAUGGAUAUUUCAUCCCAAAGGACACAUGUGUCUUCAUUAACCAGUAUCAAGUCAAUCAUGAUGUGGAUCUUUGGGGGGACCCAGAGGAAUUUCGUCCACAACGCUUCCAGGGUCCAUCUGGACAGUUGAACAAGGAGCUGACAGAGAAAGUUUUUAUCUUCGGCCUUGGGAAGAGGCGCUGUCUCGGGGAUGGAUUUGCCCGUUUGGAGAUGUUUGUGUUUCUCACCAUGCUGCUCCAAUCUCUGCGGGUUGAAAAUGUUCCAGGACAAGAGCUGGAUCUCAGUACAGACUUUGGUCUGACCAUGAAACCACGUCCGUACAAGAUUACAGUCUCCCCCAGAUUUUAGACCCUCUGAACACAACUCCUCAGAAAAGUUGGAUCAUUCAUUACUGUUCACAUACUACUAGAAAAGAACACCAUCUGUAUUAAACAACACUGGAUGUUCAGGU